AUGGAAACCCUAAUCGAAUCGGAUCUUCCAAAUGAAACCUACGUUCGAAUUCACCAAACAGUCCAACUUUUGGUACUGCUUGCCGCAACAGUGUCAAUCGUCAUCACUACAAUUACAAUUGUGUAUUCGAAAGGACGAGGUAAAUACUUAUGUUGUAGCAUUUUCAUCUCGAUUCUUAGGAAUGGAAACUUACAAGUAUUAUCUUCUCCAUGAGCUCUUCUGGAAUUAUGGGUUCGACACGGUGAUUUGUCUGUGGAUGCCUGUUAACAUGUUCCCAUAUCAAUGCUCGUAUAGCAUCGGGAUCUUGAAGAAUUCCACUGGGGAUUACCAGCAUUUUUUGACUUGUCUCUCAUCAGUGAUGGCUACUGGCAAGGCGUUAGCGAUUUAUACAGCGGUUGUUUAUCGGUAUUCACAGGUAAAUUUGGCAAUAUUUUAUUUGAAUGGCCAUCAAAUAACCGGUUCAGGAUAUGGGCACUUUCUUAUAUAGAUUUAUAUCCUUGUAUAUCAGUUUGUCGGGAAAAUAAUGAGAACAAUGUCGCUUCGCCGAUCCCGUUGCUGAGAUAAAGAACAAUUGAUUUUGCCGCGACGCGAUUCAUUUUCUUGGCGGCGAUACGAUGUUCGAUGCAACAGAGUGCUCAUUGUUUUCCCGACGGUCUGAUACUAUUCGCGCCGUAAAGUCCUAACAAGUUUUUCACGGAUGAUCUCGGUCGCUUGAGCAAAAACGAGAAAUCGCCGCUGCAAGUGCAAAAGUUCACAGAAAAACGGACCGUAUAAAUUUUCGGGACUUUAUGGCACGAGUAGUACAACAAACCAUUUCGGACGUGCAGUCAAACGGCGGGCCCCGACAAAAUGGUCCAAAACAACCAUUUUGGAGCAUUUUUUCGAAGAAGGGAUUUGCAUGAAAGAAAGCAUACGACUAAAAAAAAUUCGUUAUAAAAGGGUAUCCUUCUACAGAGAUUCAGCCUUAAGCUGAACUGUAGGGCCUUUGAAAUGGCUAGCUAUUGACAGGGUUUGUUAUGCGGAGGUCGCAUUUUGUGUACUCUAUGUAUAUUUUUCCUAUAUCAUCUGUUUUAGGCUCUAUCCCCGCAGCGACACCCCGUUCUACAGAGGCUAGUUCAUCCCAAUAUUUUGGUAUACAUCGCGGUAUUUGUUGUGGUGCAGUUCGCAAUGGUUGUAAGUGAUAUUUACAUGGACAUCAAACACAUUAAAUAUAAAUUAAACCCAUCACGAAUACAUAUAUAUACAUACUUUUUUUAGUUUCCAUUGGCAGUGAAUCGAUCCACGCCUUCUCAAAUCCAAGCAAAAUCCGACGAAAGCGCUGUGGUAAAGAGGGUCUCCGAGACGCAACCGUCUUUCAUAUGCAUCGAGAAUGGUGCCGGUGGCACGCUGACCUUUAUGUACAUCCUUAUCGGCACACUACUGACCUUAUUCAUCGGCACUAUUGCGCUGUGUUUGGUGCAUCUGCGACAACUCAUGCGAAGUGGGAGCUCGAUGAGUUCGGCGACGUAUCGAAUUCAAGUGAGCUUACUAUAG